GGCGCGCUCCACACUCUCAAAACUGAUGAGCUGUAGCGGGUUAUUGAGAGCAGUGUAUUUAUUGUAAUUUUCGUGAAAACAUGAGCUCCAUCAGAAGACCCAAGCAUGCAGAGAAUCCCUCUGAAAACAUCAAGAAGUUCCUUAUAGUACCAACAUCAGGAGUGGGAUCAGGGAGGAGGACCCUGAAGGUCCUUCAGCCGUCUGCUGUCAAUAAGAACCUUGGUCGUAUCGAGAAUGGCAAAGCGAUUCCAAAGAGAAAGCUGUGGAGUGCUGAGCAGGCGAAGGGCUCGAAGAGGGUUAAAGCAGAGGUGGCUGUCAAAUCCACAAGUGCAGAGGAUGAAAACCAGCCUGAGGGGGUCACGCAAGAGGCCUAUGAGCUCAUGAUCCAAGAAACUCCAGGGUCAUCCUACUGGAAGGAGGUAGCAGAAGAGAGGCGGAAAGCCCUGUUCCGUGUUCUCAAAGAGAAUGAAAAGUUGCACAAAGACAUUGAAUCCAAAGAUGAACAGAUUGCUCAGCUGAAGAGUGAAAAUGAGGAGUUGCAGGAGCUGGCACAGCAUGUACAACACAUGGCUGACAUGAUUGAAAGAUUAACUGGUAAGAGUCCAGACAGUCUAGAGGAGCUGCGUGAAAUAGCCUUUGAUGCUGAGGAGGAAGAUGAGGAACAACAUGGGGAUGAGAGCGAACAGUCACAGGACUAUAAUGUGCCACUUAAGGAUAAUUCCACAACAGAAGAAAGCUGAAAUUAUUCCAACUGAAAAGAACCUUUAUGAACCUGUCUGGUUUUAUUUGAACAUUUCUUUGCCUUUGAGAACCGAUAUGCGCCUUUGUUUCUAAUACUUUUCUUUGCUGUAAAUUAGCUUUUUUUCAGUACCUGUAGUUAAUGUGCAUGUUCACUGCCAGUGUACAUAUGUAAAAUUGAAUGCAUACAAUGGAAAUAAACUCAUAUUUUGUACACAUGCUUUUUAAUGAUUUACCUAGCAUGUGACCACUCUUAGUGGAAGUGUGGCCCUUCAGCUCAUCUUCCUCAUACAAAGCAUCUUUCAUCGAGCU